UUAGUACACUUUAGAAUCAAUUCCCAAUCUGUGUUUUUUCGCUCAUAAGUUCGUUUUCUAUCGGAAACAGACGCUCGAUAAUUUAUACCUGAGUACUAAGAAGUUUCGAUAUUUCGAGCUUCUUGGGUUUUCAGAUGGGAUUGUAGCCCACUUUCUUGUAACCUAUAAAAUUUAGGUGUGAAAUAAUUUGUUGUCAAGAACAUUACUAUGGGUAUCACCAGAGAACUCGAGAUUGCGAACAGGACUUUACUGAUAGAGGAGCAUGAAAACAUAACAGACCCACUAACAGGAAAAGAAGCAGCAGGUUGCUGGACAUGGGACUGCUCUAUGGUCCUGGCCUAUUAUUUGACCACACCCAAUUGGCCUCCUUCCUCAUUCUAUGCGAAAACUGUAAUUGAAUUAGGAGCAGGCACAGGCGUUCCAGGCCUUACUGCAGCUCUCUUAGGAGCCAAUGUAAUAUUAACAGACCUUCCCCCACUCUUACCAGGCCUGCAAAAAAAUGUAGAUAAAAACGACCUUCGAGAUAAGGUUAUAGUGAAAGAAUUGAUAUGGGGGGAAGAUUGUUCUUUUUCAGAUUUAGGUCUAUCACAACCUGUGGAUUAUGUUCUUAUGUCUGACUUGCUGUAUGAUGUCAAUUCUAUGCCUGCUUUGUGCAAAACUCUAAAACAUAUCAGUGAUGGGCAUACUCAGAUUUUACUGGCAUAUGAGCUUCGUUAUGGAACUACUGAAUGCUUUAAGGCUCUGAAGGAGAGGGGCUUCAGGUGGGCUAAGGUUGCUCAGGAGGAUCUGGAUCCCGAGUGGCAAAGCGAAGACAUUGGAACAUGGCUGCUGUGGUAAAAUGAAUGUAUAGUGGGUGAAAAGGGGCAAAUAACCCAAGAGGAUUUCUGGAUAUUUGGAAUAUGAGACCACAAUUAAUGUAAUGCUUGUCUUUCUGUAAUCGGCUGAUUAAGGUACGUAUUCCCUUAAUGGGUAUUUUUUAUUUUUGAAAUCCUAGGCUAUGGUGACCUUAUGAUUCUGUAUAUAUCUAUCUAGAACAGAUAAUCUUAGAUUGUUAAUGGGACUUUACUAAUAGAGGAGGAUGGAAACAAAACAGACACCCUUUGAUUGCCUCUCUUUACUUGGUGCGGUUCUUGAGGCCUAGUGCAUCUCUCUCCCA